AUGGCACCACCUACCGUUAUUCUAGAUAAUGGCGCCCACAGUAUGAAGGUUGGAAUUGCCUCUGCUGGUGCAUCUCCUCGACUAGUGCCCAACGCCAUUGUCCGUGGAAAAACAGAUAAACGACACUACGUAGGCGAUCAGAUGGAUAGUUGCACUGAUUUCUCAUCAUUGUACUAUCGACUACCCUUUGAAAAGGGGCUUCUCGUCAACUGGGGUAUUGAGCGCACGAUAUGGGAUAGUCUAUUCAAAAAUGUUUCCAAGAUAGAGCCAAAAGACAGUCGAUUAUUGAUCACAGAGCCAUGCUUUAAUUUACCAGCGAUACAAGACAACUAUGAUCAGAUUGUAUUUGAGGAAUUCGAAUUUGGAGCCUGCUUCCGUGCGAUAGGGCCAGAACUUUGUUUGUUGAAUGACCUAGGAGGACUAUUUGGUGAUAGUCAGUCAGGAUCAGUAGCGGCUUCAGUCCCUGAUUGCGCAUUGAUAGUGGACUCAGGGUAUUCAUUUACGCAUAUUGUCCCCUUCUUAAAGGGCAAGGCGAUACCAGAAGGGGUUCGACGCAUCAACGUGGGUGGAAAGUUAUUGACGAAUCAAUUGAAAGAAGUGGUAUCAUUUCGAUCGUAUGAUAUGAUGGAAGAAACAUUCAUUAUCAACGAUGUGAAAGAAAAGUGCUGCUUUGUUUCCAAGGAUGUGUAUCAAGAUUUAGACAUUUGCAAGAAACCACUUGCUAAAAACACAAUCAUACAAGAGUAUGUACUGCCUGAUUUCAUCAACAAUAAAACUGGACACAUUCGAACCAAGGGAACAGCCACCACAACAGCAGAUCAGCAAAUAUUAGCAAUGAAUAACGAGCGAUUCAUGAUACCCGAGAUAUUGAUGCAUCCUUCAGACAUCGGCUUGGAACAAGCAGGUAUUCCAGAGGCCAUUGUGCAGAGUGUCAAUGCAUGCGAUCCAGCUAUUCAUGGACUUUUGUAUGCAAACAUCGUGCUUGUAGGCGGAAAUACCAACAUCCCAGGCUAUUUGGAAAGAAUCCAACAAGAUCUUCGACAAUUUGUGCCUAUUGAUUAUGAAAUUCGCAUUGCCAAACCGGAAGACCCAGUAACAUUUGCCUGGGAAGGAGGAAAUCGACUGAUUUCUUUGAGUACAGAAAAGGAGCUGCAGAAAACAUUUGUACAGCGCAAAGAAUACCUAGAAUAUGGCAGUGAUGUUUGCAGAAGGAAAUUUGGUUCUUUAUGA